AUGGAGGAAGAGGAUCGUUUAUUGAUUCAUUAUGCGCAUAUCGCAGCGAUGAAGGGGGCAACGGGUGUGUUGGAUCUGUUGGCAAGGUAUGUGGAUCUAGUGGCUCUAGGAAACAGUUUGUUGUCUGUGGCGCAGGGAGAAGGACAGUUGACGACGGUGAAAUACUUGAUGGCCAAAGGGUGUGAUGUCCAUCAUGAUGAAGAACGGUUAUUAAGAAAUGCGAGUCAUGCUGGUCAAGACGAGAUGGUGAAAUUUAUAUUGAGUCAUGGAGGCAAUGUCCAUGCGUAUGGAGAGGCAGCUUUACUCAAUGCGGUGUAUAAAGGAUAUACGGGUAUGGUUGGACUGUUGUUGAAUGCAGGUGCGAAUGCACAAGUGAAUAACAAUGCAUGCAUGCAAGCGGCGUUUUUUAAUCGAGAUGUGGAGAGUAUGAACAUGUUGGUAAAGGCGGGUGUCGAUGUGACAUGGAAUGGAGAUUGGUUAUUGAAAGAAGGUUGUCGCUAUGGAUAUGUAGAGGCGGUAGAGGUGUGGUUGAAAGGGGUAGAUGAUGUGAAUAGUAAGGAUGGUUUGGCCUUACAAAUGUGCUUAAAGUAUGGUUCGAUGGAUGUGUUACAAGUCCUUUUGAACCAGUAUCAUGCAGAUCCCAAUCGACCUGGCGUCCAACGUGUAUGUAAACACAUGACAUUGAGUAAACGUAUGAUGGACUUGUUGUUUCAAGCGGGCUUACGACCCUGA